GGUGGGGUGCCCGGUGGCGGCUCCGCCAGCGGAGCCGUCCCAGCGGGCGGCGGAGGCAGCACCGACCGCCCCCGGCCCGGCCAUGUCAGAGCCCGGCGCCCCCGCGGCCGGUGAUAAAGCGCCCCGGCUCCAGGACCGUGUCCUUCGUGGGCUGCGCUGGGGCCGCCUCCAGGAGCCCCUGGGCUUCAUCAAGGUGCUGGAAUGGCUCUUUGCCAUCUUCGCCUUCGGCUCCUGCGGCUCCUUCAGCGGCGAGACCGGAGCCACAGUGAAAUGUGACAGCGGAGGGAUGACAGCCAUCAGCAUCCAGUUCGGGUACCCCUUCAGGUUAUACCAGAUUCCCUUUGGGAUGCCGAAUUGUGAGGAGGAAUCAGAAGCCCGCACCCUGUACCUCGUUGGUGAUUUCUCCGCUCCCGCCGAGUUUUUCGUGACCCUGGGGGUCUUCUCCUUCCUCUACUCCAUGGCGGCUCUGGUGCUCUACCUCCGCUUCCAUUCCCUGUACACCGAAAACACGAAGCUCCCCUUCACAGAUUUCUGCGUCACCGUCUGCUUUGCCUUCUUCUGGCUGGUGGCGGCGGCGGCGUGGGGCAAGGGGCUGAGCGACGUGAAGGCGGCCACGCGCCCCUCCGCCCUCAUCGCUGCCAUGGGGGUCUGCCAGGGCGAUGGGGUGGUCUGCAACGCCGGCACCACGCCGGCCAUGGGGCUGGCCAACAUCUCGGUGCUCUUCGGGUUCCUCAACUUCCUGCUGUGGGCCGGGAACUGCUGGUUCGUGCUGCGGGAGACGCCGUGGCUGCGGCCGCCCGAGCCCCGCGACGGCGCGGCCGAGCAAGGCGCCAUCGACAAGCAGUGACCCCCGGGGACCGAGCCAGCCCGGGGACCCCGCCCGGCCCCCGGGACCUCGCGCCGGCCGCCAGCCCGGGGACGGGGUGUGGCUGUGCCCGGGCUCGGAGCCGCCGGGGGUUCGGAUGCUGAAGGGGACACGGAACCCCGGGGGUCCCGCUUGUUGUCGGGGGCUCUGUGUGUCACCCCGAGGGGUCCAUGUCUGUAUGGGGCUCAUAAAGUCCUGGGUACCAGCUCUGGA